AUGAAAUCGCUACCUCGAACUCCCCUGGCCCCAUCAACAAGAAGUACGGGGGAAAAGGAACAUCAAGGCGGAAUACUUUUAACACCGCUGACAGCACAUACUGGUCCACGAUCUAAUGCCUAUGGUAUCACUACACGAAACCUGUUCAAUGCCAUGCCUGGUUCUGCUCAUAAACCCUCAAACAACCAAAUCCCUCUGCAGAAUCCAACUACCCAAUAUAACCUAAAACUUCUAUCCGUCAGAAAAUCCCGUGGCCAGGAGCUUAUCCACCUCCAUACGAUACAGGCCAAAUACCAUCAGAUCGACGACGUGGCUUCGUCCAUUGGAGAACAAUUUGGAAUGUUCUGCGAUCAUACCGAGAAUGGUCCCCGGGGUAAUACUCUCGGGGGGUUGCUGCGCCCAUUCAAAAAGUAUCCUGCAUUCGUCCGUGACAUGGGCGGGGGUUCUGAUGGCUGA